CUGUGCUGUGGGGCGCCCACACCCACUUCCUGUUAGGCCCGUGGCCCCGCCGUGGACUGCCCUUCCACCACACGCCCAGGGAACAUGGUCUCUACGGCGGCUCCGGCUCCGAAGCAGAACUUUCCUUCUGUGAACAAGCAAACAGGUGUGGACAAGUGAGGCCGGCUCCAUGUAUCCAGAAUCGACCACAGGCUCCCCGGCUCGGCUCUCCCUGCGACAGACAGGCUCCCCCGGAAUGAUCUACAGUACCCGAUAUGGGAGUCCCAAAAGACAGCUCCAGUUUUACAGGAACCUGGGCAAGUCUGGCCUGCGGGUCUCCUGCCUGGGGCUUGGAACAUGGGUAACCUUCGGAGGCCAGAUCACGGACGAGAUGGCAGAGCAGCUCAUGACCCUGGCCUACGACAAUGGCAUCAACUUGUUUGAUACUGCAGAAGUCUAUGCAGCUGGCAAGGCUGAAGUGGUGUUAGGAAACAUCAUUAAGAAGAAGGGAUGGAGACGGUCCAGCCUCGUCAUCACCACCAAGAUCUUCUGGGGUGGAAAAGCGGAGACUGAGCGGGGCCUUUCCCGGAAGCACAUAAUAGAAGGUCUGAAGGCGUCCCUGGAGCGGCUGCAGUUGGAGUACGUGGACGUGGUGUUCGCCAACCGCCCCGACCCCAACACCCCCAUGGAAGAGACGGUGCGGGCCAUGACGCACGUCAUCAACCAGGGCAUGGCCAUGUACUGGGGCACGUCCCGCUGGAGCUCCAUGGAGAUCAUGGAGGCCUACUCCGUGGCCCGGCAGUUCAACCUGAUCCCGCCCAUCUGUGAGCAGGCCGAGUACCACAUGUUCCAGCGCGAGAAGGUGGAGGUGCAGCUGCCAGAGCUGUUCCACAAGAUAGGGGUGGGCGCCAUGACCUGGUCCCCUCUGGCUUGUGGCAUCGUCUCAGGGAAGUAUGACAGUGGCAUCCCGCCCUACUCCAGAGCCUCCCUGAAGGGCUACCAGUGGCUGAAGGACAAAAUCCUGAGCGAAGAGGGCCGGCGCCAGCAAGCCAAGCUGAAGGAGCUGCAGGCGAUCGCGGAGCGCCUGGGCUGCACCCUCCCCCAGCUGGCCAUAGCCUGGUGCCUGCGGAAUGAGGGGGUCAGCUCCGUGCUUCUGGGUGCUUCCAACGCAGAACAGCUCAUGGAGAACAUCGGGGCCAUUCAGGUCCUUCCAAAACUGUCGUCUUCCAUCGUCCACGAGAUCGAUAGCAUUCUGGGUAACAAACCCUACAGCAAAAAGGACUACAGAUCCUAAGCUCCCCCGCCACCUGCUCGGACAGUUUCCGGUUCCCCCCUUGUCUCUGUUCGCUCGCUUACGCUGUCUCGAAGCCAAGUGCAGUGUGGUUUGCAUCCGCGUGGGAGACGCCACGCCCGGGGUCAUCGGGAAACCGGCUCCACGUUGCCGCCAGACGCUGCCCGCUGCUUCUCUGGACGCCGCCGGAUGUGUGCCGGGGAGGCGGCACUGGAGAGGAAGGACACCCGCGCGGCCGCGGCCACGCCUGGCACCUCUGUGCGUCCCCCCGGGAGAGGCCGUGCUCCCCCAGCCAGGCCCCUGCAGGGAGGCGCCCCACAUCGAAGCCAAGCGGAGCCCGGGUCGGGUC